CUGUGAUGUUUACGUCAAGGAGCAAACGAGCGUUGGUAUCGAAAAUGGCGGCCAAGGACUUGGAGUCAAAGGCGACAGAAACUGUCAGAGGGCAAAUUUUUGAAGUAGGACCGCGGUAUACAAAUUUGGCGUACAUCGGGGAAGGUGCAUAUGGCAUGGUUGUAUCGGCCUUCGAUAAUGUAACAAAAGAGAAGGUUGCCAUUAAGAAGAUAUCUCCUUUCGAACAUCAGACCUACUGCCAGCGCACACUUAGGGAAAUAAAGAUCCUCACGCGGUUUAAACACGAAAACAUAAUCGACAUAAGGGACAUCAUUCGAGCACCUACAAUUGACUCUAUGAAAGAUGUCUACAUUGUGCAAUGCUUGAUGGAGACAGACCUGUACAAGCUGUUGAAGACGCAAAAGCUGAGCAACGACCACGUUUGCUACUUUCUCUACCAGAUCCUUCGGGGUCUCAAAUACAUCCACUCUGCAAAUGUGCUGCAUCGUGACCUCAAGCCAUCUAACCUCCUGCUCAACACUACGUGCGACCUAAAGAUUUGCGACUUUGGCUUGGCGCGUGUUGCCGACCCGGAACACGAUCACACAGGAUUUCUGACAGAGUACGUGGCGACUCGGUGGUAUCGAGCUCCAGAGAUCAUGCUGAACAGCAAAGGUUACACCAAAUCUAUAGACAUCUGGUCGGUGGGAUGCAUUUUAGCCGAGAUGGUGUCCAACCGGCCCAUCUUCCCUGGCAAGCAUUAUUUGGACCAGCUGAACCACAUCCUUGGGAUUCUGGGCUCCCCAUCCCAGGAUGACCUCAAUUGCAUCAUUAACGAGAAAGCAAGAAGCUACUUGCAAUCUUUGCCUCACAAGGCGAAGAUACCAUGGAACAAGUUGUAUCCAGAGGCAGACCCUAAGGGUAAGGCCUUGGACCUGUUGGACAAAAUGCUGACUUUCAAUCCGCACAAAAGGAUCAAUGUUGAAGAGGCCCUUGCUCAUCCUUACCUGGAGCAAUACUAUGACCCUGGUGAUGAGCCCGUGGCGGAGGAACCUUUCAAAUUUGAGACGGAGCUGGACGACCUUCCGAAAGAGCACCUAAAGGAACUAGUUUUUGAAGAGACCAACCUCUUCAAGACUCGUUCCCAUCGUGCACCGCAGCAUUCGUGAGCCGUCACCGUGAACAACAGAAUGAGAGACUUCGUUCCUAGGCCCCCCCACAUCGCCGAAGCUGGACUUCGAAGCCAAAGCUUGCACUGCAACAUGGGAGAAACAACUGCAAAGGAAAGAAACAUCCUUGGUCUCUUCCUUCAUUGCACUGUCCGUUGACACUAGUGCAUGUAAUCUGCCUUGGCCUUCUCUCUCUCUCUCUUUCUCUUGGUGGAUGCUCCAUCCACUUUAUUUAGCUAUCAACUGACCUAUGGCAUCCCUGCGUGUAACCUCAACCGCCUUUUUGGCUGUGCUGUCUCCCUUUUUAUUUAUGUUUGAAACGUGACUCUUUUGGAUGUUUUUCUCGUGGCCAUCAACUUAUUGUCAUGUUGCACUGUUUGUCUGUCGUCAGAGCAAGAGGUAAUUUCAUUUCCUUUUCGAUAGAAUAGGUGCUUCGGCCUCAUGGGCUUUUGAAUCGUUAUUGUCAAGACGGGUUCAGUGUUCCACGUGACGACACACUGCUUAGAGAUAAUGCCGCUUUUGUUUCUUUGAAAUACUGCAACUGUGUGAAAGAUUUACGCUGUGCUAACGUGGUGCAUCUUUUAGAGAAUCUUCAACCGUGGGUAGCGUACAACUCAGACAGGUUCUUAGGUGCCAAACUAACUGGCUUGCAGAAGCAUUUUGUUGAAAGGUUCAUAAGCAUUUUUGUUACAACAGCAUUCCGAGCAUUUCAGUUUUUUUUUUGCGCAUUGCUCCACACAUGGCAGGAGGUGCGUCGUGAGAAAAUUGUGUCUCGCGUCACCGCACUUUACAGGGCACCCACGCAUACGAGCUGUCGUUUCGGUGUUGAUUUUGAGACGCUAGUCUCGGGAAAAGACAUUUUUGUCCCGUGUGUCUUCUAUCGCCUCUAGUUGUUGGUUGUAUCGAUUGACGCUGCAUUUUUUCUUACCGUGCGAGAGCCAUGGGGAUUUGUUCCUAGCUUUCCCCCCUCCCCCCAAUCGUUUUGGUGGCUGCAUAAUGAUGAGGCAUAAAGCGGCAGUCAAGCCUGGGCCAAAAAGGCCCCUGUACAUAUGUAAAGUGUCUUUAUCCUAUGAAUGUGUUGCGCCGAAACGACCAUGGCAGUGGCCAUUGUUCAGUUAGUCGGCAUUAUAGCUUCAGCUUCAACGGGGGCAUCCAUCGUAAAAGUGUCUGGUCAUGGAUAUGCAUUGUAGUAGGUAUACAUAGUGAGGGGUGUGAGUGGGUGAAAGGUAACGACAGUAGAGAUCACUGUCUGUCGUGGGAAUGAAGGGCUAUGAAGCACACUUUUGCCAGUCAUGGCAGAUGGCAAAAGUGUGUGAAGUUUUGGAGAGUGGACAAUCUACAGAGAGGCUCGUGAAUUGAAACGAACCGAUCGUGGUUGGUUUUGCAAUCAGGAAAAGUGGCAAUUGCAACAUUUUGAUGCUAGCGUAGGACACGAAGGCAAUGUACAGUAUCGAGUCGGACACGAGGGCACAUAUGCAAGGCAAUGUACAGUUUUGAGUCAGUGUUGUGGGACACACGAAGUUUACGCGAGGUGUAUAUUUUUUUUCUUCUCGUCUCUCCAGUCUUGUGCUGAUUUGCUACAUUUGUUUAGAGUUGAUUUACAUUUGCAGGUGACGAAUGAAAUGAAUUGUGUAAAUUCAGGAACAGCUAUUUAUUGUUUUUUUUUUAGAUUGCAUUGUAGGCUAAAUAAAUAGUUUUCCUCCUUUUACAAGAUGAGAGUUCAGAUUUCAGUCGCCUUAUUCGUCGUGUUAUGUCAAGCGCAAGUACACAGAGAAAUAUCUGCAGUGCCAUUUUAUUGCAACUAGAAACAAAAACCCAAAGUGUACAUGUUUGUGCGUAUAAAAUAAAAAUUCCUAAGCA